CCAACACCAGCACCGUGGCUGGCCCUGAACAGCGAUAUUCUCAUCUGAUCUGAUCUGAGUUGCCUUGAUCUGUCUGAGAUACCUCGGAAUGCAAGUGACAGCCCAGCGGCGCCAGUGAUCCGAGCUGCUUCUGCUUGCAGCGGCCAGUUUCCAGCUCUGCCCCCAUCUGUUCCGCUGCUCCCCUCCUCCCCCAAGCCAUGUCCUUCGGCCCUCAGCUCCCUCCUGGAUUCACUCUACCGAAGCCUGAUCGAGACUCGGGCGACGAGCCGGCAGUCGACCCUUUCACACCGGCCCUGCCGCCAGGUCUGGCUGGCGCCCCUCCCCACCGAGCCGAGCCCGACAACGACACCAACACCGCUGAUGAUGCCGUCGACCCAUUCACACCCCAGCUGCCGCCGCAUCUACGGCAGCCGCGGCGCACUGCAGCAGCGAUGGCUCCCAUGCGGCGGUCCGUAAUCGGGCCAUCCAUGCCUCUGCCUCUUGGCAACCGCGAUCAGACCAGUGGCAAUUCUGCUCGGCACCAGCGCAACAAUGCCGAUGACGAUGACGAUCUGUACGGACCACUGCCGCCUCCGCAGGGCUAUGAGAUCACCGAGGAAGAGGAGCUGGAGCUCAAGAAGCAGGAGAUCGAAGAGAGAAUGCAGCAGGCAAAGAGUGCGGCCGACAGCCAAAGCGCUCCUCUCGCACCGCAGCGAGGCGAAUGGAUGCUUGUUCCUCCGGAAGCCCAGAGACUCGACUUGGGCCCGCAAAUGAAGUCCCGUCAGUUCUCCAAGGUGACCAAGGAUGCAGACGAAGAUCGUUCCGUGUGGACCGAUACUCCCGCCGACCGAGAGAAGAGGCGCCUCGAUCUUGCCGAGAAGAAGCGAAAACGACAGCCUUCACCCAGGGCGCAAACGGAUGAAGAAAUUCGGACAGCCGAGCUUGUCCACAGAUACAAUGAGUCGCAGCGCGGCAGCAAGUCGCUGCUCCAGGGGCAUCAAGAGGACUACAUGAAGCAGCGCCGCUUCGAAGAGGACGAUGUGUCCAAGAGAGGAUUCGAUCGCGAACGGGAUAUGAAGUCGCACCGCAUCGACCCAAAGAAGCGCCAGGAGAUCAUCGACAAGUCAAAGGACCUUGGCGACAGGUUUUCUCACGGCAAAAAGUCGUAUCUGUGAUGACUCAACCCAGAUAUGCGAGCACGACUGCACACUUCCUGGUGGUCGUCCGCACUCCUCCUCUACAUGCACAAACAAUCGUCAUGGACGCAGAGACUUGUAUUGUAAUAGUAACGUCAAUGUCGAUGUGCCCCAGUCGGUCUUCCCGCGGCUAUAUCCCCAUGUGUCGGUUCGUCAGGAAAUCCAGAUGUUCGAGCGACGGGCUGUGCAGUGCUCGAAAUACAUGCAGUGGAA